GAUGCACUAGGAAGCGGGAACUUGCCCACAAAUGGUGAGUCACCCUGCAGGUCUAUAAAAGUAAAGGUGCUUGUCUGGGAGAAGGCAGAAGCUCCAGGCAUGUCCAUCACGAUGCUCCCGGGCGUCCUGGCUGCCGUGCUCUUCUUGAGCUGGACUCAAUGUUGGUCCCUGCCCCUUCCCAGCGAUGGCGAGGACGAUCUGUCCGAGGAAGACUUCCAGCUUGCCGAGCACUACCUGAAAUCCUACUACUACCCCCUGAAUCCCGCUGGAAUCCUGAAGAAGUCGGGCGCAGGCUCCGUGGUUGACAGGCUCCGAGAAAUGCAGUCCUUCUUCGGCUUAGAGGUCACUGGCAAACUUGAUGAUAACACCCUGGACAUCAUGAAGAAACCAAGAUGUGGGGUCCCCGAUGUGGGCGAGUACAAUGUUUUCCCCCGAGCUCUCAAGUGGCCCAAGACGAAUCUGACCUACAGGAUUGUGAAUUAUACCCCUGAUCUGACUCAUUCUGAGGUUGAAAAGGCAUUCAGAAAAGCCUUCAAAGUUUGGUCAGAUGUGACCCCUCUGAAUUUCACCAGACUUCACAAUGGCACUGCUGAUAUCAUGAUCUCUUUUGGAACUAAAGAACAUGGCGAUUUCUACCCAUUUGAUGGACCUUCCGGCCUGCUGGCUCAUGCUUUUCCUCCUGGGCCAAACUAUGGAGGGGAUGCCCAUUUUGAUGAUGAUGAAACUUGGACAAGUAGUUCCAAAGGCUACAACUUGUUCCUUGUUGCUGCCCACGAGUUUGGCCACUCCUUGGGCCUCGACCACUCCAAGGACCCGGGGGCACUCAUGUUUCCCAUCUACACCUACACGGGCAAGAACCACUUUAUGCUUCCUGAUGACGAUGUACAAGGCAUCCAGUCUCUCUACGGCCCAGGAGACGAAGACCCCAACCCGAAACAUCCCAAGACACCAGAAAAAUGUGACCCCGCCUUGACCCUGGAUGCCAUCACCAGCCUCCGAGGAGAAAUGAUGAUCUUUAAAGACAGAUUCUUCUGGCGCCUGCACCCUCAGCAGGUGGACGCCGAGCUGUUCUUGACGAAAUCCUUCUGGCCGGAACUUCCCAACCGAAUCGACGCCGCCUACGAACACCCCUCCCGGGACCUCAUCUUCAUCUUCCGAGGCAGAAAAUUUUGGGCUCUUAAUGGUUAUGACAUUCUGGAAGGUUAUCCCCAAAAAAUAUCCGAACUGGGAUUUCCAAAAGAGGUUAAGAAGAUCAGCGCAGCCGUCCACUUUGAAGACACAGGGAAGACGCUCUUCUUCUCGGGAAACCAGGUCUGGAGCUAUGAUGACACCAACCAGGUCAUGGAUAGAGACUACCCCAGGCUGAUAGAAGACGACUUCCCAGGCAUUGGUGAUAAAGUGGAUGCCGUCUACGAGAAAAACGGUUAUAUCUAUUUCUUCAGCGGGCCCGUGCAGUUUGAGUACAGCACCUGGAGCAAGCGUGUUGUGCGUGUCAUGCCAGCGAAUUCCCUGUUGUGGUGUUAAGUGUCUUCCACAUAUUGCUAUUUAAAUCCUGGUGAGCACUGGACAGAACACCUCCAGCGAUCCGGGUGUGGGGGAGGGGAGGUCGGGAGAGCUUAGUUCUGGGAACAAGCUUCAGUAACUUAUCUCAGAAUAGAGGGCAUCUGUACAGUGAGCCGUGGCUGGAACCACGGUGGAUUUGAAGGAACGGAAUCCAGCGGCUGCGAGGAUCACCUGAUUCUCGUGCGCUGCACGGAGCCACGGCCCACGCUAUUUCCCACCACAGACACGGGAGGUGCGCUGUGUCAAAGGGAGCACAAUGUUGAAAUGUAUUUAUAAGGACACUUUGUGCAGGCAUACAAGCAAGUCACAGUUAUGUAAUUAACGAAUCAUCUUUAUUAAAAAGUAUAAUAGUGUGUGAAUGGGGUCUGCGGGAAGCAUAUGAUACCAGGAACAGACAGAAACCCAAGGGGAGUAUCUGUAAUAAAGACAUUGUGGACAGCUUCCCAAAGCAGUGAUUUGGGUUUUGCACUGAGAAUAUUUGAAUGUAUGUGCCCCGUUCCUACUGACACUAGGAUCAGUCACCCCGGAUGAGACACAGGGCCCGAGGCCGAGGACAGUAGAAGUGGUCUGUGGGCUCGGUUUAAUUCUCGCUGUUGACCGUGAUCCCAGGCCUACCCACAAAGAAGAUAAAGACAGCCCAUCUCUCUUUGUAUUCAAACAUUCCUGGUCUCCCCCAAAUACCAAAGGAUUAAAAUGGCUAUCACAAUGAUCUAAGGUGUCAUUCUCCCAUAAAUCAACAGAUUCUUUAAGAUGAAAGGUAGUGCCUAGAUAAUGGCUCUAAUUGUCCCCUUCACCAUGGAUGGACAGGCUCUUUUCCAAAAAUAGAAAGUGUAUCUUGUAAAUUGGAAGCAUGCAAAAACAUACUUCCAAAAUAAGGAAACAUCCAAAAUAAAGAGAACAUCCCACUGGACUACAGUCCUCCUGCGGAUGUGGAAAUGAGCUUCUCCCUCUCCGUGCUGUCCUCUCCCCCUCGGGCACAGCUUACCUGCCCCACGUGGGGAGCUCGCUGAACGGGGGAAUGGCCACAAGCGAUCUCGGACGUGCUGGGACCUCUUGUUCACAGAAGUUCAGGCAAAGAAAAGAAAGUGUAUGGUAUUUGCAAGAUGUAUCAGGAAGCACUUAUACUGUUUAUAAUA